UUGGCUGGAGGUAAGUUGAGAUUUGCUGACCGAGAAAAGUGGCUCGCAAGUGCGUUGUAAAUAUGAGUUAAACUUUGUCGCAGACGAUUUUGAGGAGAAACCAACGAUGACUGCAGCCAAGUCUAUUGAAAUUUAAAUUUUUACCCUCCUGCAGGAAAUUAAUUUAGUUUUAUUGUAAACAAAAUUUAUACCAACUCAGUUUAAAAAGAUUCUAUUGUUUUCAUCAUGGAACAUUUAGUUGGUUUGAUACGAAGACACGAUUCGGAAGCCCGAGAGAGACUGUUGGAGGCUGUAGCCAAGCUGACUAGGAAAGUAAAAUUUAAACGAAAUCAUGUUUUAAUUCACCAACAUAGGCUCAAAUUUUUUGGAUUAGACGAUGAGCGCUUGGAUUUUGCCUAUCUGUACAUGUUACACAACGACCUGGAAGAGGAGAGGACUGCAGUCAUGUGGAGGUUGCUUGGACAGUAUGAUUGGCAUACCCCCAUCCCCUUGGCUGGAGCCCCACCUGCUCACAACAUCCCCAUGGCGCAAGCACCACCAGUUUUCAAACGUCCUGCCUCCUAAUUCCCCUCCUGCUGCAGCACCCAAUCGCAAACGUUAAUCGUCUACGAGUUCAAACUGAAUUGACAAGCAAAUAAACCCUUACAAACGAAUA